AUGGCUAUCAGACGCAGGACAUACUCAGAGCUGUGCCACGAAAUUCCAGUUCCUCGUGGGAUAUUAGUGCAGGCACCUGUUGAAGCUCAGAAUGCAGUAAAGACUUUAGGUAAAAGCUGCAUUUUGAGAGCUCAAGUUCUAUGUGGGCACCCGGACAAACUCCUUUUUGAGGAUGGACUGAGAGGAGGGGUCCAGACGGUCGAGAAUCCAGAACAAGGACUGGCUCUGGCUACGAGAAUGCUUAACCGCCAAGCCGUCUCAGACACUAUCCGUUACCGUUCCUUGACUGUGAGCCAAAUCCUGGUCUCCGAAAGCCUGGUACACCAAGAGCAGUGGCACUUGGCUAUGACUAUUGACAGGGAGAAUUACUGUCCAGUGGUUAUAAUUUCCAAACGUAACGACAACUCUAGCCAGGAUGAAACAGUGCUUCGAGAGGGGAGUUCUUCAUUCACCUUUGGCUUCUCAGAAGGCAUCACUGAGGACCUGAUAUUGCGAAUUUCCAAAUUUCUCGGCGUUGAAAGCGUGGAAGAGACAAAUAUAGGUGAUAUUCUUACCAACUUGUACAAGAUAUUCCGAGAAAAAGACGUCACACUGCUGGAAAUAAGCUCCCUCGCAAGACUAAACACCGGGCUGUUCACCUGCCUCGAUGCCACGCUGGUGGUGGACGAUGAUGCUGCAAAGCGGCAGCCAGACAUAUUCGGUCUGCGCGAUACGACUCAGGAGGUGCACGAUGAGGUCAGGGCAGAACAACACGGCCUGGUAUAUAUUAAAAUGGAAGGCAACAUUGGAAACAUUGUCAACGGAGCAGGCCUCGCGAUGGCAACAAACGAUGCAAUUGGGCUUCACGGCGGGGCUAGUGCUAAUUUCUUAGACGCCGGGGGUCAGGCGACCAAGGAGACGAUGAUACAAGCUCUCGGAAUCGUCAUGGGAGACGAGCGGGUAAAAGCGAUAUUGAUAAACAUCUAUGGAGGAAUCACUAGGUGCGACAUGAUUGCCGAAUCCAUCAUUGGAGCCGCGCAGGAGAUGACCCUGGCCGUCCCACUUGUCGUGCGGCUUCAGGGAACUAACUCGACGGAAGGAUUGAAGCUGCUCGCGGAUGCUAGGCUUGGGCUCCAUGUUGAAUCGGACUUUGGGCGUGCGGCACAGCGAGCUGUUGAGCUGGCUCAGCCGUAA